AUGAAGAAUUUUAAAGAUGGAGCACCCACUCUCCACCCAGAAGAUAUUUUAUAUGACGAAAAAGAUGUCAUUAACGAUGGACCGUUUGGUAAAGUCUAUAAAGGCCUUUCUAAUGGUCUUCCAGUAGCUAUUAAAAGAGCACACAAACAAGAACUUACUCCCGAAGAGCGCGCGAACUGUUUGAAAGAAAUUGCAUUAAUGAAAAAGGUAUUUCACCCAAAUAUAGUUCUCUUCAUGGGCGCUUGUGAACAAACCAAUAAUGUGAUGUUAGUCACUGAACUCCUCUCAUGCAAUUUAGCACAACUCUUAUAUACACCGGAACAAAUUCCAGAGUCUAUGAGAGUCACAUUAACCCCAGACAUCAAAUUGAGGAUGUGCGUCGAAAUGGCACUUGGCAUCUCUUGGUUGAACAAUGUAGUUGGUGUAGUAGAUGUUAACGUGGACAUCCAUAACUUCCUCGUUGAUUCACAUUUGACUAUCAAAGUGGAUGCCUUUGCAUUCGCUUCAUUCUUGCCAGAAGCAAACUCGUUGGUAUCUAAGAGUCUUCCUGUAUAUGUCUCCAAUGACGAAUAUGACGCUAAGAAACCCACCUUUGCGUCUAAUGUAUAUGCACUUGCUUUGAUAUUUUGGCAGACUUUCAGUCAGAAGCCCCUCUUUGAAGAAUACAAAACAAAAGGAAUUGAAGCAUUUAUCACAGACGUUGUUAAAGGUGGUGUACGUCCACAAGUCAAACCUUAUGUCCCAGAGUCUAUCGUCCCAUUGAUAGAGUCAAUGUGGAGUCAAGAUCCCGAAAAAAGACCAGGGAGUAGUGUUGUAGUAAAGACACUUCAAAACGCCGUGUUAGUCAAUGCGUUGAGUGACCACGAUGCUCUCGAAUGGUGGGAGAGCAAAUUCAACAACGAGAAGACGGGUGGUAUUCGUCUUGAAAUGGACAAGCCCCUCUUCUUUAAUACUAUUGCCAAAGAUCUCGCUAUUAAAAUUCCUAAGGAAGAUCCCAUCUACAAAAUAUUUGAAGAAACUAAUGUGACUCCAACUUCUUUUCAAAAAAGUAUUAAAUUCUUCGGAAAGUAUUACAACUCACAAUUCGUUACAAAGGAAUUACUCGACUUGUUCCAUCAAGACUAUUUCACUUUUGAAUCAAGUCGAGAAGUCGUUGAGAGUUGGUUAGAUAAUCGAACUGAUGGCUACUUUGUUGUCAGAACAUCAACAAGAAGUCCGGACGCUCCGUUUGUCAUUUCCUACAACUUUAAAGGGGCUUACAAACACAACAGAGUCGUCAGAAUGUCAUUCGAAGAGACUGAUGUGAGGUACAAGACUGUUAACAUUCUUACACAAAAGGAAAUAUUUGCUACAACAGUCGUAGAGUUGGUCGAUAAAUGCAUUAAAGAAGGUCUUGUCAAGGUAGCUUGCCCUUUUGAAAAGUGCAAACAGAACAAAUACGACGACUAA